UUGGGAAAGUCUACUCUGUCACUGGUCAGUAUUUGCACAGACCUUGUUACUGGAUUGCUGGUUCAGUAACCUGGAGUGCACUAAGUGGCCUUCAGUGUAGCUUGAUCAAAAGUGAGUAAAAGUUUGUUAUCUUCAGCAAGAGACACAAGGUGAAGAAUGAUAAAAAGUGUGUUAAUAGCGGUGGUUGCCCUGGUGCCGCUGUCUUUGAGCCUGGAGUUAACAGGAUUAUUCGGGAGCUUCACUUCUCCUAAUUUUCCAAAUGUGUAUCCUAAUAACCAAUUCAUCGUGUGGAACAUCACAGGCCCAGAAGGUCACAGACUUCGGCUGUACUUUACGCAUUUUGGCUUGGAGCCCUCUCUUCACUGUGAAUAUGACUAUCUACAGGUGAUUUCAGAGGGCAAUGAUACAGUGCGAUUCUGUGGUGAGGAUAAGACAAAUUAUGAAGAUUCCCCAAGGAGGGUCAAUCUUUACUCUUCCACCAACACAAUGGAUGUGAUCUUCAGGUCAGAUUACUCAAAUGAGGAAAGAUUUACCGGCUUUCAAGCUUUUUACACUGCAGAAGACAUUGAUGAGUGCGUGAUUACGGUGGAUGGAGAGCCUCUGUGUGACCAUUACUGCCACAAUUACGUGGGGGGCUAUUACUGCACUUGCCGAAUGGGAUACCAGCUCCAUGCCAAUAAAAGGGAUUGCACUGUGGAAUGCAGUGGUCAGGUGCUUUCGGGCAGGUCAGGGGAGCUGACGAGCCCAGAGUAUCCGUUUCCGUAUCCCAAAAUGAGUCAGUGCGACUACACCAUCCGCCUGAUGGAGGGCUUUCAAGUGAGCCUUGAAUUUGUGGACAUGUUUGACGUGGAGACUCAUCCGGACAUCCCCUGUCCUUACGACAUCCUGAAGAUCGCUGCAGGAUUGAGGGAGCACGGGCCGUUCUGUGGAACCAGGCCUCCGGCUAGAAUCGAAACAGGCACUCACGAGGUGCGUGUGCUGUUCCGCUCAGAUGGCUCAGGAAGAAACAGAGGCUGGAAGAUAAAGUACUCCAGUGCAGCCCAACCUUGCCCAAGCCCAGUAGCUCCUCGCCAUGGCCGCAUUCACCCGCAGCAGGACCAGUACAUCUUAACUGACACUUUUAAUGUUUCAUGUGACCUCGGUUAUGAGUUAACUCUGGGUGAUGAGGGUGUACCCUCUUAUCAAGCCACAUGCCUGAAGGGGGGAUUUUGGGAUAGUCCGAUGCCUCUUUGUACAUUGGUUAACUGUGGCCCCCCUGAUGACAUUAACAAUGGAAGUGUCAAAUUCACCACAACUACAUAUAAAUCUACCAUCGAGUAUAGCUGCGAACAAUUCUACACAUUGAAGGACAGCACCAAUGGAGUCUACACCUGUGCUCAUGAUGGCUACUGGAGAGACACGCUGGGUAAAAGAGGUCCCCCUGGCUGUGUUCCAAUCUGCGGGAAGCCUACAGGGAGACUGGCUAAAGUGAUUGGAGGAGAGAACGCAGAGAAGAACGAGAUACCCUGGCAGGUAAUGAUCCUGAAGGGAGGUCGUUUAAAGGGUGGCGGUGCUCUCCUCAGAGAUGACUGGGUCCUGACUGCAGCUCAUGUCCUGUAUGACUAUGGUGAUGUGUCCAGCCUGGCAGUGAAACUAGGCUUGGUCACACGCUCUGAUCCUGAAGCAGUGGUGGGCAUUCCGGAGGAGAUCUUCAUACACCCAAGAUACCAUCAUGAUGGAUUGAACUUCAACAACGACAUUGCUUUGAUUAAACUGGCGCACAAGGUUCCUAUUAGUUUAGCUAUUAUGCCGGUGUGUUUACCAGGGAAAGAGGGACGAUUCGAGUUGAAAACUAAUGACUAUGGCACAGUAAGUGGGUGGGGUGUAUGGCAAAAGUCCGGUUUACGGGGAUCUCAUACUCUAAAGUUUGCAGAAUUACCUGUGGUUAAUUUUGCUGAAUGUAAGGCUAAGUAUGAUGCCUUAGAUACACCACAAGGGAAGCUAUUAGUAACAGACAAUAUGGUGUGCGCAGGUUUGGCAGAGGGAGGUGUGGAUUCAUGUCAAGGGGACAGUGGAGGGCCGUAUGUAUUCGUGGACAAGCAAAGCCGUAGCUGGUAUAUUGGUGGCAUUGUGUCAUGGGGGUACAAUUGCGCUGAAGCAGGGUAUUAUGGGGUGUACACAAAAGUGGGCAAUUAUCUUAAUUGGAUAGAAAACAUCAUGUCAAAAAACAGUUAAAUAAACAGUCAUGCCUAUUGUAUACAUGUAUUCUUUUUAAGCAUUGCAUCUUUAUUAAUUCAUUCCAAUCAGGCAUUGUCCUCAGGGGAAACCUAUGGCUCUGAAGAAUGAAGCCAAUGUGGAAAUGCCAAAAUGUGCCGUUCCGGAAAUAUCAACUGAGAGCUGGCUCCAAAAGUGAGUCAAUGAUCAUAGACAUCCCAAGUUGAAUUGCUUAACUUUAUAGCAUAAAUAAUGCCUGCUACAAAAAUAGUGUUAGCCUCCAUAGCCGGAUUUCCCAUUUAUAACAACUAUAUGAAAGACGUGGGUGAUUUGAAUGAACACUGUAAUG